AUGGAACUCGACACAAUUGAAAACUUGAAUGAUGACCCAGACACAGAAAUUUUCUACAACUCUUGCCAAAACAGCUUUGUAUUCAAAAACAAAGACAUCUUAAGAAUCAGAUCCAUUUACUCAGAAAAAGAUGAUUCCCUUAUAAUUAUUGAACAGCUAAGGUACUGAUUAUCUAGUAAUAAGAAACUCAUAAGUAUGAAUUUAUCUUCUGACCAAAAGCUUGUAGCCUAUCAAGAAGCCCCUGACAGGCUGGUAAAUUUCAUAUAGGAGUUUAUCAACUUAGAACUCCAGCAAGAUUUUUCAAUAACCUGUUCCAAAAAGAACACAAUAUUAGGCUUUCAUUGGACCAAAGGAAUCACUCCGCUAUGUGAUUUCUUUAUGAUCGCUACCAACAGCAUAGAGUUUUAUAAGCUUUCUGAUAAACAGUUUAAACUUGUCAGCAUAAGAAGCUAUCAGCAUGAAGUUUCUCAUUAUUGGGUCGAACCUAGCGAAUUUGUGGUCAUUGCUGCUGCCUCUGUGCCGAACCAAGGGAAGUUUUACACUUAUUUCUUGAAUCAGACCAAAAGCACUAAAUUCCAAGGGUAUAAGUUUUAUAUUGAUGUUGGGAAAAUAAAUGACAGCCUCUGAAUUAAUAUCCCAGCUAAUUCAUCAAAUUUGAGGCAUUAUUACAACUCGGCAAGCCAAGAGUCUCCUCAUCAAGUGAGCUUGCUUAAGCUGUAUGACUCAUAAUAAUAAAAUGGCUACAUAUGGAAAUAGUUUACUCCGUAAAUCUUUCCUCUCCACAAUUUUUAUUAUGGGGUUGGUUUAUCUUGUGCACCUUUAUCCACAAUACUAAAUAAGGCUUAUUGCAUAGGGUAAGUCUUUUGGCUCAGGAUUUUAGGCUUUAUAGGAGUUUUACCGUCUGGUGCACCCGAGGAGGGUGACCCUUAGGUGGAGCACACGCGGGACUUAUGUUAUGGAGCAAGGAAAAUGCUUCUCGAGUGUGUUUUCUGGCCAGCCAUAUGGGAUUGCUGUUUAGGAAUGCCUUUACCAUUUUGUUGAUAUCGGCGAUUGUGACUUUGACACCAUUUUAGCGUUGGGAUUGCCCUCAAGUCCUAGGCUGGAGUUAAAAAGAUGGGCUGCCUAAAUCAUCCUGCGGAAAAAGCUGGCACGUUAAACACUGAGCAAUUAAUGUAAAGUAAUAAAGCUGUAUGACUCAAUUUAUUUUCUGCAUAUGGAUUGUGCAAAAGGAAGGCUGGCAUUUUAUAGGCUGGAGUAUGAGAAGACUCCUCAGCAGUCGUUUGAAAUUGAGGUACUUAAAUAAAAAUGGAUUAGGCUCGCGAAAAGCUUUUCCAAAAUUUUAAAUGCUAUUAAGUAUCAUACAGAGGUAUAAUUCAGCCUGGAAAGUACGGAAUCCGUUCUUCUGACAAUAUCCUAAUCCUGCAAAACUACAAUUUACAGGAAAGCUAUAUCUUCGAUAUUAAGAGUGAGACUUAUUUCAUUCAUCCUUUUGCUACUGUCUGGCAUGGAAUGCCUCCAAGAGUAGGUGAAAUCUCAAUAUUUAUGAAUUUGGACAAUCUUGAUGAGAACGGAAAUUUUAACACUAUGUUUUUAUAUGAUGGAAUUAUCAUUCCCAGCGAAAGACCAUCUUCAUUUGAAGUGCUAGACAAUGAAUCUCAAUACAUCGACAGCUUAAUGCUUCUAGAAAAAGAGCUGAAAUACAUUGAUCAUGAUAUCGGCUUUGAUUUAAGCUCCAAAAAGCUAGUUCAGCUCAUAAUUCACCCAGAAACUCUAGUGAAAGACCACCACGAUCAAGUCGAAGCAAUUUUAUUUUUACUGCGCAGAAAUGGCUUUAAAGCUUAUUCCUUUGAAUACUUGAAAGACUGUUUAAGAAAAAGAAUCGAGCUAUAUAAAAUCUCUUCUUUAUUCACAACUUUUAACAAAGUUUAUAAGAUCGCAGCACUUGAAAGGAAGAAAAACCCGAAUAAAGACGAAAUGAGGAAAAGCUUAAUCCAAACACCUAUCAAAAAGAGAGGGAAAAUAAUAGAGCCAGAACUAAAAUUGGACUCAGGUAUAAGCGUAAUUCUACAAUCUGAUAUGUAUGGGUCAGUCUUUUCAUCCUUGUUCAAAGAGCAUAUAAAUUCCAAAUACCUCACAGACGUGAUCUUGCUAUACCAUAAGUCUUUAAUCGAAGAGGACAUUCAGGUCCAUCAGCAGCUGCAAAUAUUACUAGCAAGAGUUCUGAUUAGAAGCAGAAACUUCUCAAUGCUCCACCAAUUUGUGCAUUUCAACGUAUUUAACGACAGCUUAGAGUUUGCCACAUUGAUGAUCGCUUUGUCAGCCUCAACAAAUUCGCUAUGCUAUCCACCUGGCUUGCAAAUAGGAAUUGACAUGCUUUACAGAUUAGAAGCGUUUAAUGCACUUGCAGAAGCACUGGUGAACAAUGGAAUGAUUUAUGAAGCACUUAAAGUGCUGGAAUCUCAUCCAAGCAAAGAGUUUGAUAGUUGUUUGCUGCUAGCACAGGUGCACAAUUCUGGCGAUACAAGGUUAAUGAAUUUAGUCACUCAGUUUAUUAAUGAAAAAUUGCUUUAA